UAUAGCAAAGUACUCCCAAGUCUUUAACAACAUCCUUUUGUAAUUAAGCUGUUAAAAAGCUUAUGAGGGGAACCUGGAGCAUCUUUAUUUGCCCAGCAGUGUGGAAGCAAAUGGCUGCUGAUCAGUACUUCUUUGUAGCAGAAACAAGAUCAAGAAACUCCCUUUUGAGGACAGUGUGGAAAGGAGAAGGCAGUGGGGGUGAAAGUGAUACUAUAAAUGCUCAAGUUUGUAGUACUACGGUAGCACGCAACAUUGGAGUAAGCCCUGUUUUGAGUCAUUUAACCAAGGUCUUUGAUGUGAGACUAAAUGGACAGCAUGUAGUGGUGAAAGAUCUUGACAUAUUUGAAAAAGUGGGACACAGCACAGCACAUGAUGAACUGGUGUCUUUCACAAUUAGAAAAGGAAAACUCAGCGUUCAAGGAGAAGUGUCUACAUUUAAUGGGAAACUACUUGUAGAAUUUGUCAAGGGUUACUAUGACAACCCAAAAGUCUGUGCUAUAUGCAUCAUAAAGGGAACAGUGGAGGAUGUUCCCAAACUCCUGCCUCAUCCUGGUCUAGAAAAAAAGGAAGAGGAGGAAGAAGAUGAUGAUUAUGAGGAGGGUAAUGAGAAGAAGACAUUAAGCAAAAAGAAGGUGAAGUCGGGACCUCGAACACCAGACCCAUAUGCCUCAGAUAACAGCAGCCUAAUGUUUCCCAUUUUAGUUGCCUUUGGGGUCUUCAUUCCCACCUUGUUUUGUCUCUGUCGGUUAUGAGAUACACUUCGCAUGUACAGUGGUGCUUGUGGGUGAGGAGCUUUGAGACAGUGUGGGGCAGUCUGUUUAAAGCAGUUUAUUUCUCUUCCCUCUUUUCAGAAACGAGGUGGAGAAAGGAAGAGAAAUGGUUUGUAUGAAAAUUUGAAGGCUUGAA